AUGUUGAGUUCAACAGCAAUAUUAAAGGCAUCAGGUGAUGUCGCAAUUAAUUAUCAACAAUAUAUUUAUCCGAUUAUAAUCAAUAAAUUAUCAACUUUAAAUUAUACUAUUAAAAAUAAAAAAUAUUACUCACAAUAUAAAUACUCUAUACAAUUCCAAAAUGAAUUUCAAAAAAAUUUAAAAAUCUAUAAUAAUAGUAAUAAUAAUAAUAAUAAUAAUAAUAAUAAUAAAAUUAAUAAAAAUAAUAAUAAUAAUAAUAAUAAUAUUAGUAAAUUUUUCAUUCAAAAUAAUAAUAUUGAUAAAAAAGUUUUGAGACAUUUCUAUUCAAGUACAAAAUUAAAUUAUGCUAAACAACAACAACAAUUAUUUAAAAAUAAUGAAACUUUUAAUGAAACAGUUGGAGCAUCACUUUUACCAAUUAUAAAUAAAUUACAAGAGAAUGCAGCAUUAAUUGGGUCAGAGAUUACUCUACCACAAAUUAUAGUUGUUGGAUCACAAUCAUCUGGUAAAAGUUCAGUUUUAGAGAAUUUGGUCGGUCGUGAUUUCUUACCAAGAGGUAGUGGUUUAGUAACAAGAAGACCAUUGGUAUUACAAUUAUAUCAAACUACUACUACUAGUAGAAAUAAUGUAAAUGAAAAUGAAGAUGAAGAUGAAGAUGAUAAUUAUUAUGAUAAUGAUAAUGAUGAUAAUAGUUUAGAGGAAUGGGGAGAAUUUGGACAUACAGGAACAAAUAGAUUUAAUUUUCAAGAGAUAAAAGAAGAGAUUGAGAGAGAGACAGAGAGAAUUGCAGGACCAAAUAAAGAUAUAUCAUCAGAACCCAUAGUUUUAAAGAUUUAUUCACCAAAGGUUGUACCAUUGACAUUGGUAGAUUUACCAGGUUUAACACGUGUUGCAAUUGAGGAUCAACCACCUGACAUUGAGGAAAAGAUUAAAUCAAUGAUUAUCGAUUAUAUAAGUAACCCAAAUUCAAUAAUUUUAGCGAUUACACCCGCCAAUCAGGAUAUAGUUACAUCGGAUGCAUUAAAGUUAGCCCAACAAGUUGAUCCAUUAGGUAAACGUACCAUUGGUGUAUUGACAAAAUUAGAUCUAAUGGAUAAGGGUACCGAUGCAAUCGAUAUUCUAUUAGGUAAUUCAAUACCAUUGAGUUUGGGUUUCGUCGGUGUUGUAAAUAGGUCACAACAAGAUAUAAACAAUAGGAAACCAAUCGAACAAAUGUUGGCUGACGAAUGGAAAUGGUUUGAUCAACAUCCAGUUUAUCAUAGAAUUACCAAUCAAUUGGGUACUAAAUAUUUGGCUCAGAAAUGUAAUAAAAUCUUAACUAAACAUAUUCGUGACACUUUUCCAUCAGUGAAGAAUCAAAUUAGACAAUUAAUUAAAAAGUAUGAAUCAGAUUUAGAGAAAUAUGGUGAACCAAUACCACUUAGAUCUGCUGAGAAAUCAAGAUUACUCUUAGAUAUUCUAAAUGAAUUCUCAAGAAAAUACAGAGCUGAUUUAGAUGGCACUAAUGAAGAAUUAAUUUUAAAUGAAUUUAAUGGUGGUGCUCGUAUAAGAUACAUAUUUUCAAAAGCUUUUCAAUCGACAACAGCAGCAGCAGCAACAACAUCAACUGAUAAUAGUGGUGGUGGUGAGCCUUUUGGUUGGUUAUCAGAUCAACAAUUAAAAAUUGCACUUAGAAAUUCAGGAUCAACAAUGUUUAUACCUCAAAAAAUAUUUGAUUCACUCAUUCGUAAACAAUUGGAAAGAGUUAGAGAACCAUUAAUUCAAACAUCUGAAAUCAUUUUAGAUGAAUUGAUAAGAAUUUUAACUCAAGCUGAUUAUUCUCAUGUUUUAUCAAGAUUCCCAAUUUUAAAAGAACGUAUUGUUGAAGUUUCAAAUAAUGCACUUAGAAAAUUAGUUAAAGAAUGUAAUCAAUCAAUCUCUCAAAUGGUUGAUGCUGAAAUGUCUUUUAUUAAUACUAAUCAUCCAAAUUAUCUUUACCAAUUAAAUAAUUUAUUAUUUUCUUCAUCUUCAUCCUCUUUUGUGGUACCACAAGGUGCUUUUCAAUCAACAUCAUCAACAUCAUCAUCACCAACAUCAUCAUCAUCAUCAUUACCUUUACCACAAAAUUCUAAUCCUUAUAACGAUGCUUUAAAUCCUUAUAAUAUUGAUCGUUCUUAUCCAAUUGAUAAUCAAAUUAAACAGCAGCAACAACAACAACAACAACAACAACAACAAUCAUAUCAACAACAACAACAACAACAACAAAAGCAACAAUCAGGUUUCUUAUCAAGAAUAUUUGGUUCAUCAUCUUCACCACCAUCACCACCAUCACCACCACAACCAAAACAACAACAAUCACAUGAAAUUCAAAUUCAGCAGCAACAACAACAACAACAACAACAACAUUUAAAAAAACAAAAUUUAAUAUUUGAUGAUAAAUUCAAAUUAGAACAAUAUGGACUUAAUGAUAUAACAGAAGAUGAAAAGAAACAAAUUUAUUUACUUAGAAGAUUAUUAUUAGCUUAUAAUGAUAUAGCUCAAUUUAAUCUUCAACAAAAUACUAUGAAAUUAGUAUCAUUAUUAUUAAUUGAUAAAUCAAAGGAUAUCCUUCAAAAAGAAUUAAUAGAUUCAUUGUACGAUCAAUCCUCUGUUGAUCAAUUACUCAGAGAGAACGAAUUAGUAGUUGCCAAGAGAAACGAAUGUAUUUAUAAAUUGGAUUUAUUAAAGAAAGCAAAGAAAUCUUUAUCUCAAUCUGAAAAUAGUGAUUUACUUCAUUUGUAUUAA